CAUAAAAUAUCUGCCAAACUCUCCUCUUGAAAAAGGUUGAAUGCAAAAACAUUGUUUAGUAACAAUAUAUGUGCUUUUAGGGAUUGGAUUUGUAUCCACGACGGACAUUAUCUUGAGAAAACGAGGAUCAUUAAUGAAGACGUGCGUUUCAUUCUAUAUAUCUAACAUAACGAACGAUAAAAAUCCUUUAAAACAAAGUUAAUAUAAACCCCACUGAAACUUUUUUCGACGUUCAAAUUGACGCAUUGGCUGAAAAUGUUCUACUGUGAUACAUUAUGCCUUGAAUUAAAUGUGUUUUUGUGAAGAAAUAAUCAGUUAAUGCAAGGAACUUUACCACCGGUAACUGGCAGAACGCUUUAAAACAUCAAUGCGUUUUUAACGAGUGUCUAUAUGCACAAAUAAAAAGGAAGAUGGAUUGCAGUGUAUUGUGCGUGCUAGUGUUUAUGGUGUUGCGUAAAGUAUCAAGUGAGCCAUGGGGGGAACGCCGUAAACACGAGCCUACCUUCCUCCAAACACCAACAAAUAUCACAGUCAAUCGUGGUGAAAUCGCAGUGUUGAAAUGCCACAUCCGCAACCUGGGUCCAAAAGUUGUGGUCUGGCACAAAGGAACACAAGAUGUGCCUCUUACAAUCGGCAAAACUAUAUUCGAGCAGGAAAACCAGAUUGAUAUCAAGUUCCAACAGAUAUCGGAAGAUGAUUCUAACUGGGACCUGUUUAUUAAGGACGUUCAACCCAAACACGCCGGCACCUACUUGUGUCAAGUGACUGCAACCAAACUGUACACACACUACGUCACACUCCAUGUACUCGAUAAUCCGGUGACAGUAAACGAAAAAUUAACAUUGACAGGCACCAAGUACGUAAAUCAAGGGGAAACUAUUCGUCUAAUGUGCAACGUGACCGGUGUACCCAAUAUGCUUGAUGGAGUGGACUGGUUUUUCCAAGGUGAACCGAUAGUGACGAUGGCGUCCUAUUGGAGGGAUAGAACUAGCAUCUUGAAGCACAUAGAAGGGUAUAAAUACUACAGCGAGUUGAUAAUUGACCACAGUUCACUACAAGACAUGGGCAUGUACCUGUGCCGAGGUCCCAAUCUGAAGAUAGACAGCAUCCGAGUCGAUGUUCUGAGCGCAGGCAAGCCAAUUGUGUAUCGAAGAGGAUCUGACACUGGUGCAAGUUAUUCACAUGCGAGCGGAUCAUACAGCGUUUCUGUAAGCUAUCUGACCUAUAUCGUCACAGCGAUAGUGAUAGCUUUACUGCUUGGGACAUAUGAUGGGUCUUCUUGCGAAGAGCUUUCCGUGCAUAUGGGACUGUUUAUACCUAAAGAUGAUCUUAGAAGAUGACAUGGAUAUGAAAAUACAGGUCAUCUGUGUGCCUUACAUUCCUGAUGAUGAGCAAAACGUGAUGAAUGAAAUGGAUACAUAACGUUAACGAAGUUUUGUGCGUACAUAUCAAGAAUGGUUGUAAAACAGCCAUAUCUUACUUUUUCGCGUGAUUGUGAUAUUGAGAAGUUUAAUUACGUUAGUUUUAACUUUUUUUGAUAAGUGCAGGGCAAUAUUCUUAUUGCGAGGGAUUUUUAUUAAAAGUUUAAACCAAAUCAUACAACAGUUUAAAUAUUCCAAAAAUGUUCAUGUAUUAUUGUUCGUGAAACACAAUAUUUGAUUGAACUCUAAACGUGUUUUCCAGCACCGAAAAUGUUUCAGUAAUGCAUUUGUAAGUCGUGUUUUAUCUUUGUUGAAUUUUAACGGUUGCAAAUGAAAAUACACGGUAAGGCAUAAGUGUAAGAUGACAUUAAUAUUUCAAUUAUGUGGUUUAUACAAUUCAUAUUUCUAUUUUAUUUUUUAUUUUGUAUAUCACCAUAACAAUAUUUCUAUUAUAUAGUCACUAUUCGUGCUUGAAACGUUUUUACUUCUUGACCAUGAUACACAACGUCGAUUUAUAAUGUGAUUUGUGUUAAAUCAUUUAUAAAAUUUAUUAUUUUUACAUUAUUGAUUCAAAGCAAACUUGUAUUGAUCGUAUGAUGUGAAUUAUUGAAAUUUUGGUAGUUUGCAAGUUCGUCACUAUUCUAAUAUCAUCGUUGCAGAAAUAUGUGUAUCUGAGUCUUUUGAUGUUACAUUCAUAUACAAAACCACUUUUCAUGUUUCAAAUUAAUACCUUGCCAUUAAACUAUUUCCAUAUUGACAUGCUCCAUGGGGUUAACGUAUACAAUGUUAAAAUACGAUUCUGGAAUGCCUUUUCUGCACGGACGUUAGCGCGUCAUUGAUUUUUUAGUUCAUCAAUCUCUUUUAAAAUGUACACGUAUUGGGAUAAAAUUCCAUUAAUAAAUACCAAGUUACAAACAACUAGGUUAAGUAAAACAAUCCAUUAAUUUUUAAAAUUAAAUCAGUUAUGAAGUAAAUAAAAAAUAAACUUGCAAGGGCGAAAUAAGAACAUAGAAUGAAUACGAUUACUCAACAAUAGAUUUAUUCGCUAGGAGCACAUAUCUCGUCUGUAAUACAAACUGUGUUCAUUGUAUAACACGCCGCCUACUUUAAACGAGUCACGUUAUUAAUAACAAUGCUCAAAUAUUAUUGUAUUUGUGAUUGCUUCGAAAUAGUAGUUGUCAUUUCAUCAUAUAGAGUUGGCCACCCGCAAACUGAUUGUUUGGCGACCAGUCUCAAGGAAGCUGGGAAAGGGGGCGACAUCUGGACUUAUGUCUUCCUGGACGAAUAAACUGGAUCCACUGGAUAAAAUCGUUAUUGUUUUGCAUAAGAAGGUAAAGGUUUAACCAUGGUGGCCAUAUGUCUAAUAAUGGAAUGUGCUGUGUUUAUAAAACAUUUGACAAUCAUAUAAUUACGACGUUAACGGAUCAUGCAUUUACGAUCAAUGGGGCACAGGUUGUUUAUUGUGUUUUCGUUUCUAAUAAGUAUGGUUCAAAAUCACCUCUAUUGUUCGUAUUUUUUCCCAGGAAGUACAUAUGUAAGUACAAAUGCGAAAUUAAAGCGUUUUCGUACUAUACCGUACUAGACUCCACAAUAAUAAAAAUCGCUAUAUUGUUUGCUUUCAACCGAUUUCAGCCGGAUUUUCAGUGAUAUCCUCCAUUAAAACACGUUUUCUUACGAUUCUGUCCAUAGAUAUAGCUAUGAACUGUCGCUUUAACCUGGCUUGAUGAAAUCCUAUUACCCAAGUAAAGAUGAUGUUACUGUCAAUAAUAAGUUCAG